CCAGUCAGCUGGUUCAUAUAAAGGGUGUGAGCCAGGCCUGCAUACUCAGUGAUGGCGUCUGCUUGGUGGCCCUGCCUCAUCUUGGCUCUGCUCUCUGGCUCGGUGGCCUUUGGCUUCCCGAGAAGCCCUUCCCGGCUGCUUGAGAAACGGAGCCUCCUGGAAGGGGUGGUUGAUGGCAUUGAGGUCUACAGCACCAAGAUCAGCUGCAAGGUGACCUCCCGCUUUGCUCACAAUGUCGUCACCACAAGAGCCGUCAACCGGGCAGAUGCCGCCAAAGAGGUUUCCUUUGAUGUGGAGCUGCCCAAGACAGCCUUCAUCACCAACUUCACCCUGACCAUUGAUGGUGUUACCUACCCUGGGAAUGUCAAGGAAAAGGAAGUCGCCAAGAAGCAGUAUGAAAAGGCUGUGUCCCAGGGCCAGACAGCAGGCUUGGUCAAGGCCUCUGGGCGGAAGUUGGAGAAAUUCACAGUGUCAGUCAAUGUGGCUGCGGGCAGCAAGGUCACGUUUGAGCUAACCUAUGAAGAGCUGCUGAAGAGGCACAAGGGCAAGUACGAGAUGUACCUUAAGAUCCAGCCCAAACAACUGGUCAAGCACUUCGAGAUCGAGGCAGACAUCUUCGAGCCCCAGGGCAUCAGCACGCUGGAUGCUGAGGCCUCGUUCAUCACCAAUGAUGUCCUGAACAGUGCCCUCACCAAGUCCUUCUCAGGGAAAAAGGGCCGUGUGUCCUUCAAGCCCAGCUUGGACCAACAGCGUUCAUGCCCAAACUGUACAGACUCCCUCCUCAAAGGAGAUUUCAUCAUCACCUAUGAUGUGAACAGAGCAUCUCCGGCCAAUGUGCAGAUAGUCAAUGGCUACUUUGUGCACUUCUUCGCACCCCAAGGCCUUCCUGUGGUGCCUAAGAGUGUGGUCUUCGUGAUUGAUGUCAGCGGCUCCAUGCAUGGUCGGAAACUGGACCAGACCAAGGAUGCUCUCCUCAAAAUCCUGGAGGAUAUGAAACAGGAGGACUACCUGAAUUUCAUCCUGUUCAGUGGAGAUGUGACCACUUGGAAAGACAAUUUAGUUCAAGCCACUCCUGAGAACAUCCAGGAGGCCAGGACGUUUGUGAAUAGUAUUCGUGAUCAAGGAAUGACCAACAUCAAUGACGGGCUGCUGAGAGGCAUCAACAUGUUGAAGAAGGCUCGAGAAGAGAACAUCGUCCCGGAGAGGAGCACCUCCAUCGUCAUCAUGCUGACCGACGGGGACGCCAAUGUUGGUGAAAGCAGACCUGAAAAAAUCCAGGAGAACGUGAAGAAUGCCAUCGGAGGCAGGUUCCCUUUAUAUAACCUGGGCUUUGGCCACAAUCUGAAUUAUAACUUCCUGGACAGCAUGGCCCUGGAGAACAAUGGGUUUGCCCGGCGCAUCUAUGAGGAUUCUGAUGCCAACUUGCAGUUGCAGGGCUUCUAUGAGGAGGUGGCCAACCCUCUGAUGACAGGGGUGGAGGUGAAGUACCCUGAGAACGCUAUCCUGGACCUCACCCAGAACACGUACCCGCACUACUAUGAUGGCUCUGAGAUCGUGGUGGCUGGACGCCUGGUGGACGAGGACAUGAACAACUUUAAGGCGAAUGUGGCAGGUCAUGGGGCCAUCAAUGACCUGACCUUCACAGAGGAGGUGGACGUGAAGGAGAUGGAGAAGGCCCUGCAGGAGCAGGACUACAUUUUUGGGAACUACAUCGAGCGGCUCUGGGCCUACCUCACCAUCGAGCAGCUGCUAGGGAAACGCAAGAAUGCCCAUGGGGAUGAGAAGGAGAAUCUCACAGCCCAGGCCCUGGACCUGUCCCUCAAGUACCACUUUGUGACUCCACUGACCUCUAUGGUGGUGACCAAGCCUGAGGACCAUGAGAACAAGAUGGCCCUUGCCAACAAGCCUGGGGAAGGGCUUGCGGAUGCAGUGAUCCCCUCCACGGCUUACCUGAACAGCUACAACCCUCCUUCACCACCUUCCUACUAUGUGGAUGGGGACCCCCACUUCAUCAUCAAUGUCCCAGAGAAAGAUGAUGCCAUCUGCUUCAACAUCGAUGAAGACCCAGGCACAGUGCUGCGCCUCAUUCAGGACCCCAUCACAGGCUUCACAGUUAAUGGGCAGAUCAUCAGUGACAAGAGAGACAGCUCUAACUCCGAGACCAGAAAGACUUACUUUGGCAAACUGGGCAUUGCUAACGCUCAGAUGGACUUCCGGAUUGAGGUGACUCCUGAGAAGAUUACCCUGUGGAAUGGGGCUGCACAGAGCACAUUCAGCUGGCUGGACACAGUCACGGUCACGCAGAAUGGGCUGUCCGUGAUGAUCAACAGGAAGAAGAACAUGGUGGUCUCCUUUGGAGAUGGGGUGACCUUUGUGGUGGUUCUGCACCAGGUGUGGAAGAAACAUCCCGUUCACAUUGACUUUCUGGGCUUCUACGUGGUGGACAGUCACCGGAUGUCAGCGCAGACACACGGACUGCUGGGACAAUUCUUCCAUCCCUUUGAUUUUAACGUGUCUGACAUCCACUCAGGCUCCGACCCCACAAAGCCACAGGCCACGAUGGUGGUGAAGAACCAUCAGCUGACAGUCACCAGGGGCUCCCAGAAAGACUACAGCAAGGAUGUCAGAGAUGGCACCAAGGUGUCCUGCUGGUUCGUCCACAACAACGGCCAAGGGCUGAUUGAUGGAGUCCACAGCGACUACAUUGUCCCUGACCUGUUCUGAGAUGGCUGGUCCAGCUCGCCUAGCACCUGGAACAGAGCCGAGCCUGGGGGGUGGCAACAAUAAAGGCUGAGGUGGAGACCAGA